GAGAGAGAGAGUUAGUCGUCAGCAUGUUGUGUGUAACUGAUCACACUUCAUUUUGAGAACUGGGAUUCAAACACACUGAGGUGAUCUUUCCUGAACACAGAAAUGAAAUCAGUGGAGAAACUCGUCAUCGUUUGUUUUCUGUUUAAAGGUGUUUUGUGUAGAGAAUUCUCCAUCAGUCUACCAGAGAGUGUAGAAGCUGUGAGAGGACUCUGUGUUCUCAUACCCUGCAGUUUUGAGAUUGAAGAACAAUAUGAUGGAGACCUCCAGACAGAUCCUACAGGAAUCUGGUUAAAAGACGGCACUGAUGCUAACAAUAACAAAGUCUUUAACUCUAAAGUAACUGAAGAGAACAAGAUUAAAGGAAAACUUAUAGGAGACCUCCGCAUGAAGAACUGCACCACCAUCUUCUACAACAUCAGAAAGAAUUACAGUGGAGAUUAUUACUUUAGAAUACAAACUUCAGGAAGACUGAAAUGGAAUUAUAUACCUCCAUCAGUGUCUGUAAGAGUGGGAGCUUCUCCAAUCACACCCUCAAUAACACUGUAUAAGGAGGAUCAGGGGAAGGUGGAGGACCAAAAUGAGGUGGUGGAGGGAACUUCAGUGAGUCUCAUUUGCUCUGCUCCAGCUCCUCCAUGUCUCUUAAAGCCACCCACUUUUACAUGGAACUUCCUGCCUGAGGAGAGAAGACAGGAGCAGAACCACAACACCAGCUUCAGCUCCUCUCAGCUGAACUUCAACGUUACUCACCUUCAUCAUGGACUCAAUUUCACCUGCACUGCCACCUACCAGCUCCAGAACAGGAACAAAUCAGCACAGAGCUCUUUUAUACUACAUGUUCUGUAUGGUCCUAGAAACACGUCAGUAUCAGCAUCUCCAUCUGCUUCAGUGCUUUUGGGCAGUUCAGUGUCUCUGAGAUGCAGCAGUGAUGCAAACCCAGCAGUGCUGAACUACACCUGGUACAGAGAGAACGGAGAGCAGAUAGGAACCGGAAACCAUCUCACCAUCAACACCACUGAUUCUACACACAGUGGUUUAUACUGUAGAGCUCAAAACCAGCACGGAGAUCACAACUCAUCUGUCCUCCUGGAUGUUCAGUAUGCUCCUCAGCUCUCUCCCUUCUCCAGCUGUAACACCACUCAGGAUUUGAUCAGGUGUUUCUGUGAGGUUCAUGGAAAUCCGUCUCCUAAACUGGAGUGGCGUGUCUCUGGUCAAACUGUCUCUCCCUUUGACAGCAUAUCCAUCUGGGUUGAGUCAGCGAGUAACAGCACCUUGAGAAGCUUUAUGUCCAUCAGUCCACCAGUGAACGACACGCUCACUCCACAAUGUGUCGGCACCAAUAAGCUAGGCGUCACCUCACAAGUCUUCUUCUCCAUUUUGAACAAGGCUCAGUGCUCUGAUGAAGGUGCAGAUGUGGAUAUUUCCUCCGUGCUGAUUGGUGCUGCUGUUGGAGCUUCAGUAAUGAUGAUGCUGUGUGGUGUAUUCCUGUGUGUAAGGAAAGCGAGUCCUUCGCGGUCUGGACCAGGAGACCCAGCAGGACUCGACACGAAGGCUGAGGUCGAGGUCGAGGAUGAAGAGUCUGUGUAUGCGAACAAAACUGUUUUAUCAGAGUCACUUCAUUAUUCCACUGUCGUGUUUCCCAACGGAGAUGGAAGUGAAAUCAGAGGACUUUCCAAGCUCACUGCUGACUACGCCAUCAUCCAUCACAGCUCCGAACAUCUGACCGAGGGAGGAGUUACAGAACCAGCCAUCGAGGAAGUCCAGGAAGAAAACGGGACAAAUAUGGAACAAGAGGAGGCAACUUACGGAAACAUCACACGUCCCCUGAUGAUGGAGCAAACGCAUUUGGAUUUAGAGGAAGAUGGGAAUAAUGGAAUAAAACCAUCACAGAUUCAAGAAAGAGAUUUAGCUCAACUCAUUCACUCAGAUAAGGCUGACUAAUAGCCUAACUAAUAUCAUUUAUUGUCUAAAAAGCCUGCUCAGGGCGGGGGCUGGCACGUGGCUUAGUGGUUAGCAUGUUUGUUUCACAGCCCCCAGGUUGGGGGUUCAAUUCCCGCCUCCAUCCUGCGUGCAUGGAGCUUGCAUGUUCUCCCCUGGCCCUCAGGGCUCUCUCCAGGCACUCCAGCUGGAAUAGACUCCAGGCUCCCUGUGAUCUCAUGUAGGAUAAACAGUACAGAGAAUGAAUGGUUGGAUGAAUGGUAAACCUGCUCAGAUGUACAGGCUACAAAGGGCAAAAUGUAUACACGUGUGAUAAAUACCUGUUUAUAUAAACACCUUUAAAUUGAUGAGCUUGGUUUGAAGGAAAAAAGACAUAAAAGUAGAGAAAACCAUCGUAGUUUCACACACAAGUGCACUUAUUGCAUAUGUUUAUUGCUUUUGGGAAAAAAGCUUCAAGUUUAAACUGAUCAUCUGCACAAGCAAAAGUUGUUGUUGUUGCUUUCAGCGUUUAGUUCUCUCAGUCCUGCUGACAAAAACAAACAAAAACAUUGGUUUUAUUUUCAUGAAAAUAAAUGUUGAAAAGAUUUACAAGUAUUUUUUAUUAUAUGUUUAUAUACACGUUGCCAGUUUGUUAGGUAUACCAGUCUAUUCACAAAUAAAUGGUAAGCUCAGCGUAAAUUUCUAUAAUAAUUUAUGUUUAAUAAAUAAUUUUAUGUUCAUUAGUAUGGGUGCUACAUUUUAAUAUAUCUUCUUAUCUUUAUCUUUAUAUUUCUAUAUAAUGUGUUUUGUACUUGCUUUGGUUAUUGAUAUCUAUCUUCAGAUGUAAUGAAAAGAAAUGUCAUGCUUUUGUUCUAGUUUUGUACAAUUCUGCUUUGUAAUGUAGAAUUUGAUUAAAAAAAUCUUAAUACCUGUAUUUUAAAAUGACAUCGAACUAUAAAUGAUGGUAAAUAAAGUGACAUUUUCUUUGGAUCUUGUAUCAGUUUAUCAGUUAACAGAAGGAAUAUAUGCUACCGAUGUCACAUUUAACAUAAAGCUC